CGAACGCAACAUCUGCUCGCGGUGCGCUGGCAUCUCAAUACGCCUGUCCUGUCGGUGGCAUCUGACACUCGCCCUCCCCUGAUGCCAAUCGAUACCAAGCCCGACAUGCUCACCACAAGCCGCUGAACGCUGUAUGCGUCAGGUCCGCUCUCUGGUCGAGUUGCGACCUGGCCGGCAACACCAACAAGAGCAGCUGGAUGGACAACAUAUCGUCUCGGUGCUUGUCGUCGUCGGCAAUCAGCACCACGAUCGCCGACCAACGGCCGCCCGCCCGAUCUCGCAGCAACACAUCGAUCCCCUAUCGAUUCCCCAUCGAUGCCACAUCCAUCCGCAUCAUCGUGCGUGCAUCCGCAUCCGCAUCCGCAGCAGCAACGGAGUCGCCGGCAUCGGAUCCCGCACGCACGCCGGGACGGCAUCGUGCUCGGCGCACAUCAUUGGACGGCAGGAGAUCGGGCAGCAAGCUUUUCGUUUGGCCGAACGGGAUUGCGAUGCGGGAAGGGCAGCCUUGCGACAUCACACAUCUUUGCUGCCGCUCAACCGUCGUCGCCCAACAAUUUUUUUUUCCUCCUCCCGCCGACCAACACCUCCACCCAAGCACCCGACACCAUGCGAAAUCGUCGUGGUCUUUUUUUUUCUCAAGCCUUGUCGGAUCAGCUGUCCUUGUCCUCAAGCUCCACCCCUCGGCCGCGCUGCCGGCGCCUUUGCUGCAUGUAUCCCUGCGCAGCAGCCCAUGUCCUCGCCGCUCAGCAGACACCGGUCCUGGCCAGGACAGCAAGGCCCAUCUCACCCGGCGGCCUUGCCAGAAAGCGAUUGAAUCGGGACUCUACACCGGACGCAGCACGGAGACGACAUCGACUCGGGCGUGGGAAUCACAUCGUCAGCAGGAACGGUGCGCCCGUCCGCAUUGCAGUUGCGACACCAAGUCGCCAGCCCGACAAGCGAUGCGCACACCAUGCGCACAACGCAAGCACUUGCACGAGCGAGCUGCUCCAAUCGCGGACUGGUCGUUCCUGGCCCUUCCCACCUUGCCAUUUAUGGCACAUGUUGGGGCUCAACAUCGGCACCUGCGUCCUCCCUGCCAAUGCGUCGUGCCGCUGAGGGGGGGGGUGGAAGGGUGACAAACAAACCUUUGCGCCCUGCCCGGGUGGGUUCCCGCACGCGCCAGCCCAACUUCUCUGGGUAUAUAUCGGCCCAAUUCCCUCGUCAGAUCGGUGUCUCCAGUGCCAGCC